UUUUGUUCAAAUGCUAAAGUACGAAUAUAUAAUAAAACAACACUCCUCAAUUCCUUUUAGUCAAAUAUUUAGGAGUGAAGAGUUUGUUCAAAAUGAAGUACAGAGUGUUUACAGUGUCGAUUGUAUUUUUGGUGCUGACUCAAACUCUCGCUGCCAAUUCCUUAACAUAUGAAAAAUGCUCCCUGAAAGACUCUGAAUGUUUAUUAAAGCAAGCACAGGCUGUACUUCCUUCGUUGGUCCAAGGUAUACCGGAACUUGGUAUCAAAAAGUUGGAUAAAAUGCACAUGGAUAAAAUUACUAUCGAUAUACCGGGUAUAUUCUGCGAGUUGACGAAUGUAGAAAUUGGAGGCUUGGGUAAAGCAAUCAUUGACGACGUCAGCAUCAACAUGCCAUACAAACUAAUGCGCAUAUCUUUUAACACGCCGAUUCUAUACACUGUGUGUAAUUACAAACUGAACGGAACAUUAUUUGGGAUUCCAGUUUUUGGUGAAGGGAAAGGCCAAAUUAGUUUGGAGAAUUUACAAAUAGAGUUGCUGAUUAUUUUCGAUAUUGUUAAAAACGAGCAAGGUGAUGACAUUCUCGAGUUCAAGUCAUUUAUGUAUGGCGCGGAUGCGAUUGACGGCUUGCAUUCCAAAUUUGAAAAUAUGUUCAACGGAGACAAGGAAAAGAGCGAUAUGUACCAUGAACUAGUUAAUACAAACUGGCGACUGAUGGCAACAAACUACGGCAGAUACUUCACUUAUAAAAUCAUGGAGAAAGUCGUCGGUGAUGGUAUCAAGCCUUGUUUCUCUCAGCCUUUAAAGAACAUAGCGUAUUGGCCGGAGCAAGAAUUGCACUAGAGUUAGUAGGAAUAGAUAGAGAACCAAAAUUCCGUUGGAGUUUGGCUAAUGAAAGUAGAGAUUGAAAUCGCCUGCCAAAUUA